AAGGCCCAACCUAGUAAGCGAAUCGUCCCCUCACCCAGCUCGUCUCCCCACUCCGCCAUCCGCUGCCACCGCGCAACCCGCCGGGGCGCCGCCGCCGGCGAUGACCACCCCGCGGUUCGUCUCAACCUCUCCCGCCCGUCUAUCCUACACGCAGACCUCCCCAGUUCCCAAAUCCUUGGGGAGGGAUUGCGGUCGGGUCCCCGCUUUCCCCGCUAGGCCGCGCGGUCUCUCGCGCCGUCUCAGGUCGUCGCCUGUUAUGGCCGCCGCCGCCGGCGUCGGCGGCAACGGCUCCCCAGCCGCGCCCGGAGACUCCACAGGGUCUUCUAGGAUUGGAGAGGUUAAGAGAGUGACCAAGGAGACAAAUGUGCAUGUGAAGAUAAACCUUGAUGGCACCGGUGUUGCCGACUGUAGCACAGGGAUACCGUUCUUGGACCACAUGCUCGAUCAACUGGCAUCACAUGGACUCUUUGAUGUUUACGUUAAGGCAACAGGUGACACACACAUUGAUGAUCAUCACUCAAACGAGGACAUUGCUCUGGCAAUUGGAACGGCACUGCUUCAAUCACUUGGUGAUCGAAAAGGGAUUAACCGAUUUGGGCAUUUUACUGCACCGCUCGAUGAGGCAGCAGUUGAGGUUAUACUGGAUCUGUCUGGUCGUCCUCAUUUAAGCUGCGGCUUAGAUAUUCCUACUCAGAGAGUUGGUACAUAUGAUACACAGCUGGUUGAGCACUUUUUCCAGUCUUUGGUGAAUACAUCUGGGAUGACACUUCACAUCCGUCAGCUUGCUGGGAAAAACUCGCACCAUAUUAUCGAGGCAUGUUUCAAAGCAUUUGCUAGGGCCCUUCGACAAGCAACAGAAUAUGACUUGCGCCGUCAUGGCACUGUCCCCAGCUCCAAAGGUGUUUUGUCAAGAUCAUAGCAUUACAGGUUCAAACGAUUGCGUGUCCGCUUUUAGCUCGCAGCGAUCAGAGGAGACAAAACAGAGUGGGCAGCUAUAUACAGCUUGGUUUGUGCUGCUUGACAUUGGAGUCCACAUUACCUUUGACAACAAGUUAUGGCAUCCUUGCUGAUGGGAUUGUCAAAAAUCAAAUGUACCACCACUCAGUAUUGGGCUUAUUUAUAGCAGCGGUAUAAUGUAUCUGCUCGCUACUGCAAUUCCUCUGCUCUCUGGAGCUACGAGAUUAUCUGAAGAAGGAGUGGACAAUAAGCUGCGAUUCUGAAAGCAACUCCAGUCAGGAUUCAGGAAUAAUGCUGUGCCUUGUAUAAACUUGGUAACAUGGGCUGAUCUAAGCCGCAUAGGUAAUGAUUGUCCGCGUUCAAGGGAAUAAAAUUGGGUUCUGUGCGUCUA